AUGAACGCCCUAGAACACAGGAUAAACGUCGCAGAACCCUUCAAACUCGAUGCUGCCGUUGCAGACACACGCGGAACAACAAAACUCCCUAAGCCGCUCAUCAGUGAUAUACCGACGAAAGAAGCUAGAGAGACUUGGCUGAGCGCAAAAACUCAAGAGGUCGCAUUUUACCGCCUGUGUAUUCCGCAGUGCAGCGCAGCUUCCGGCGACCACAUACAAAUUCGUCUCGUUGCAGAUGAACAUGGCCAACACGUGUAUGGACCAAUUCAACUACUCAAAGUCGAGGUCGGCAAGUUGGAGGUGGCUGAUGGGUUCGAGACUAUUGCGCUACAAAUGGCGCUCCCCAUCGUGGAGCGCUGGAUCCUGCCUCUCGUUCCACUUCCAGGUGGAGACAUGCUGGCGCAUUGGUAUCCAAGUGAGGCUGCAGCCUACGUAGUGACAGCUACAUAUAAAGACAGGAAUGUGUUGGGGUCUCCGUGGACGUUGAAAGUUAAGCCAAACAUUCCCAAUGCGGCCAAGAGCGAAGUGAAGCUCUUGCUAGUAGAGGAGCAUGAAGACGACGUGAUGAGAACGGCCGAAGUGAUUUUGCGCGACCGGGGUCACAACCUGGUGGAGAACCCCAAGGUGGAUGUGAAGACGGUAGGAGCGGUCACGCAUACGCAUACAACCCGCGGAGGACCUGGCCGCCUUUUUGUGCACUUCAUUCUGACCGACCCCAAGGUGGACGUCACUCGACGCGCGCAUUUUUUCACGAGUAAUCAGGAGAUCGUGCAGGGGUCCCCGCUGGACUUGCCGAGUUAUCAGAGUUCACAUUUCGGAGAGGUGGCUGCUUACUUUGCAGAGACGGCUUCCUGUGUGGGGUUGACAGAAUGUCCGUUGAUGAAGUAUGGGCCGCCAUUUCCGGCGAAUGAUGAGUUGCGAAGGGUGUUGGAGCUAGCGCCACCGGGGGCGAUGGCUGGGCCGGACGAGAUCAUGGUGGCAUGUUGGAACCAUGUGAGGCAGUGUCCGUUGGUGAAGCCUUUGCUGGAUGAGUUGCUGGGUGGUGCUGGAGGUGAGAAGGCGAGACGACCGGAACUGAUGAGUUUUUGGAAUGACUGGAAGGUGUCGCAGGCUCGUGCUGCAGAGUGGGCGAGUACACUGGACGGUGAGGCGGCAACGUGGAACGCGAUGUCGUUGCGUUUUGUUGACUUGACGAAACAGACGUUGUUGGGAGUGGUUAAGAGUCUGCCGGUGGAGUUUCGACAGCGCGACUUGGUCGGAUUGCAGACGGAGUUGCGGCAGCGGCGACAGAGGGCAUUGGAGCGUCGUGAUGAGAUGGUGCGUCGGUUGCAGGUGCUGAACAAAGAGGAGCAGGUGCGUGAAGAAAGUCGGCGUUUGCUUGUGGGGUUGAAUAUCAAAGAGCUGAAUGCGAAGGUGGCCGAGUCGGUUGAGGCGCAGAACUUGAUUCAUCGACAUCAUUUUGUGGCGCGUUCGGUGAAUAAACAAAGACUGUUGCAAGAGCGUGGAGAGGACAUGCAACGACGUCUUGAUGCACGUAAAGUGGACCAGUUGAAAAGACUUGCGUUGGGUGCGGAUGAGUUGGAGACGGAGCGUGGUGGACAAGACAUGUUCUCGUUGAAUGUGACGCGCACAAAUAAGUUCAAUGCACGUGAGGUUGCCGAUCGGAUCCUGGAGAACAUGCUUAGCAAAGAUCGCGAUCAAAAACCGGGACGAACUGAACCGCCGCCAGCCGACAGCCUAGCAGUCGACUUUGUCGCUGGAGGCUUCUGGCGACGCGGUGCCGCCCGUGGCCGCGACGACUACGAGGCCGCAUCACUCGACAGCGUGCUAACCGCUCUAGGUCAGGACCUCUUCCACCAAGAGGGGGUGGCUGAGGAGGGGGAGGAAAAGAGGGCGCAGCCUCUCUGGGCCGGCGCAGAGGAGCCCUGUUGGCGCGAGGAAGGCGCUUGGGUCCGAAACGAGACCUCCGACAUACCUGCGCCGCCGAAGAAAAAGGACCUUGCCGCAGUUGAUGACGCCAAGGUACUUAAACUGAAACCGGGUUCGGCCUCCGAGAAGCCCAAGAUCGGACUGACCGGAGACGGAGGCAAGGCCGGAAAGGGAGGCAAGGCCGGAAAGGGAGGCAAGGCCGGAAAGGGAGGCAAGGCCGGAAAGGGAGGCAAUGUCGCAGGCAAGACGGGGGUGCGUGGGGUCGACUCGCCGCCACGGGGGCCGGGGAUGCCGUUGCCGGCCCCUCGAUGGCUGAAUCGCGAGGUGUAUGAGGACUACUUGAGAGUAAGCAGCGAAGCGGGCGGCGGCGGUUGA